CUCCUCCUCCUCGGCCUCUUCCAUCUUCUCCUCCUCCUCCCCCUCCUGCUUUUUUCCUCCUUCCUCCUUCGUCCGCUCCAUUCUUUCCCCUGGCUCCUCCAGCACUGCUGCCGACGCUGCCCACUCUGCUGCCGACCCUCUCCCUGGCGAGCCCCGAGGCGCGCGCGAAGCGCCCGCUGCUGCUGUCGCUGCUCCCUCUCCUCGAAGCAGCCCCUCCGACUCAAAGCGCAAGGCGGCAGGCCAGCAACUUGAGCUCGCUCGCAGCUCCAGCUCGCAAUGCAGACCCUCCUCGCCGCCGUCGUGCUCGCCACUGGGGCAGUCGCCCCGGUGAGUGCUGACGGUGCCAAUCCCCUGGGCAAGGUGAUCGAGCUGCUGGACUCGCUCUCCGCCAAAGUAGUCAAGGAGGGCGAGAUGGCCGACUCCGCCUAUCGCGAGUACGUGGACUGGUGCGACGACACUGCCAGCGACAAGCGCCACGAGAUCACGACGCUGACCUCCGCCAAGGAUAAGCUGGAUGCCUCGAUCGGCAAGCUAACCAGCGAUAUCAGCACAUGCGACGCCAACAUCGAGAAGCUGGUAAAACAGAUUGCGACUGCAACAAAGGACAGACCUGGCGGAUGCCACCGCAAUCCGUGACGAGGAGGCGGAGGAAUUCGGUACGAACGAAGUGGAGCUGAUGGACACAAUCGAUACCCUCAAGCGGGCCAUCAGCAUCAUCUCUAAGGAGAUGGCGAAGAACCCGGCCCUGGCGCAGGUGGAUACCAGGAACUUCAGGGCUCUGGUGCAGUCCCUGAGCACCGUCGUCGAUGCCGCCGCGUUCUCCAGCGCCGGGAAGCAGAAGUUGAUCGCUUUGGUCCAGGCCAGCCAGGGCUCGGGCUCCGAGGAGGAUCCCUCCGGCGCGCCAAGCGCCACAGUGUACAAGAGCCAUAGCAGCGACUUGUUGGACUUGCUUGAGGACCUGCAGGAGAAGGCCGAGGAGGACCUCUCGGCCCUGCGCAAGGCCGAGACCGACGCGAAGCAGAACUACGCCAUGCUGAAACAAUCCUUAGACGAUGCCAACAAGAAUGGCGACAAGGACCUGGCUGACGAGAAGGCUGUUAGGAAGGCAGCGCAGGAAGAGAAGGCAACGAACGAAAAAGACCUGCAGAUGACGGCGAAGGCCCUGAGUGAUGCGAAGGCAAUGCUGUCGGACGUGCAGGCCAGCUGCAUGGAGAUCGCCAGCGACCACGAGGCCUCUGUGGCAAGCCGCAACGAGGAGUUGAAGGUCCUCGCUGAGGCAAAGAAGGUCUUGACGGAGACCAGCACGGGCGCCGUGGAGCAGACCUACAGUUUCCUGCAAGUGUCCGAGAACUCCAGGAUGAGGACCCGCGCGGACCUCAAGAGGGCCGAGGUGCUAUCGAAAGUCAAGACCCUCGCGAGGCACUUCCACUCGUCCGCCCUCGCGCAGCUCGCCUCGCGCAUCGAGGCGGCCGUGAAGCUCGGCACCCAGGCUGGCGCCGACCCCUUCGCCAAGGUUAAGGAUUUGAUCGAAGAUCCAACAACGGGUCUCAUCGUCAAGCUCGAGAAGGAGGCGAGUGAUGCCGCCGACGAGAAGGCUUACUGCGACGACCAGAUGGCCAAGACGGAGGAGAAGAAAUCAGAGCUGGAGGAGGACCUCGACACGCUCACAGCGAAGAUGGACAAGGCGGCGGCAACCUCCGCGACGCUCAAGGACGACGUAGCCACCCUGCAGAAGGAGCUCGCGGAGCUUGCCAAGAUGCAGGCCGAACUGGACAAGAUCCGUGCCGACACCAGCGCCGCCUUCAAGGUUGCAAAGGAGGAGCUGUCGCUGGGCCUGACAGGUGUGGGCCAGGCACUGACCAUCCUUCGGUCCUACUACUCCUCUGAAGCAGCCGCGCUGGUGCAGACGGGGCAGCCAGAGCCCCCGGUGAUGCACAGUGCGGCCAGCGGCGCUGGUGGAUCAAUCAUUGGCAUCUUAGAAGUCUGCCAAUCGGACUUCGCCAAAAACCUUGCCAAGCGGGAGCACGAGGAGGCCGACGAGGCCGCCGAGUACGAGAGGCUGACUCAGGAGAACGCCGUGAUCAAGACCGAGAAGAGCCAGGCGCUGAAGUACAAGACGCAGGAGUUCAAGAGUCUUGACAAAGCGCUCGCCGACAUGACCAGCGACAAGGAGACCAUGAACACAGAGCUGAAGGCCGUGCUGGAGUAUUACUCGAAGAUCAAGGACCGCUGCAUCGCGAAGCCAGAGGCCUACGAGGAGCGGAAGAGGCGCCGGGAGGCCGAGAUCGCAGGGCUAAAAGACGCCCUCAGCAUCUUGGAGUCGGAGACGGCGCUCGUGCAGCUCCGCUCCGGGCGCCACGUGAGGAGAACGGCCUGCAGCAACACUGAGCGGCCUCCUGAGCGGCGCCGCGCCGCGCCGCCGCGCGCGCUGGUUGGCCUGGCCGGCCGACGGCCGCGUCGGCUCAGGGGGCUCUCCUUGUUCUCACUAAGCGUGGCGGGAUGCGGUAGCAAUGAAGACCGCGAGAGCCGAGCUCUGUGUGUACGCGCAAGCGUGCAGAUGUGUAGCGAAGAGUUUAAAUCAAGGGCCUUAGUUCAGAUUGGUAUCUCUAGUCUCUCGGCAACCAAACCAGCCGAUAAGUGGCCGGAUCUGGGACGCCUUACCUUACCUGCCAGAACAAUGCGACAUCAAUGUUCUUCGUCGCAGCAUGGACAUUUUGUCGUUCUCGGUGCCACAUGCGUGGCGGGAGUGGGACGGGGCGCGCAUCCCGCGCGAACGACCGACACGUCGCUCUCCCCUCGGCGCCGCGAGCACGUUUCUCCAGAGAAGUGAGCUCCCGCUCGGGGGCGCGGCGCACGUUCCUCGCACGCCACUUCGUCGGCGCGCGAACGGAGGA